UAUUUCAAAUUUGAAAGGAGAAUAAAAAAAAGAAGAGAAAUAUAUAACGGGAAAAUAUCACAAUGGCCUAUAGGCACUCCUCGUCGUCUUCCUCGUUCUCGUCAUCUUCUUCGUGCUCAUCAUCUAAUCUGGCAUGCUUCGUGUUCCUCUUCUUUGCGGCUUUUUUCGUCUUUAAGGUGGAUAUUCUGAUUCUGCAAAAACUAUCAAGAGCUCGACACAGCAGGGAAAAAAUAAACUAUCAUGAACCAAAAUCACCUGAUUCACCAUUCAAGAUUGGAAAUGGGACAUUCCAGAGGGAGUUUAUGCUGUCUUGGGGAGACGAGCGAUGCAAGUUACACGACAAUGGAGAAGUGCUCACCCUCCAGCUCGAAAGAUCUUCUGGCGCUGGCUUUGAAUCCAAGAAGGAAUUCAUCUUCUGCAAGAUUGAGAUGCAGAUCAAGCUCGUCCCCGGCGACUCUGCCGGCACCGUCACCACCUACUACUUGUCGUCGGAAGGCGAUCACCACGACGAGAUAGACUUUGAGUUUCUGGGGAACUCAUCUGGGAACCCAUACACUCUUCACACAAAUGUGUUCAGUCAAGGGAGAGGGGAAAGAGAGAUGCAAUUCUUCUUGUGGUUUGAUCCCACCACAGAUUUCCACACCUACACAAUCCUUUGGAAUCCCAAAGCCAUCCUGUUUUAUGUGGAUGGUACGCCGAUAAGAGAGUUCAGAAACGCAGAGAGAAUCGGUGUUACAUUCCCAAAGGAUCAGCCGAUGAGGAUGUACUCGAGCAUAUGGAACGCCGAUGCAUGGGCCACACAAGGCGGCCGCGUGAAGACGAACUGGACACUCGCGCCCUUCGUUGCCUCCUACAGGAACUUCAGUUACCAAGGAUGCGUUUGGUCGCGGCCGAGCAAAUCCACGUCGUGCAAUUUGCGCGAACAGAACAAGGAACCGUGGUUCACAACAGAGCUCGACCGGUGGAGCCGUGCCAGGAUGAGGACCAUGCAGAGGAGGCAUAUGGUUUACAAUUACUGUGACGACAAAUGGAGGUUUGGUCGCAGGGGCCCGGGCCGAGAAUGCAGGUUUAGGUAGUAGUAGUAGCAAUAGUUAUAGUAGGGUAAGCCAAGGAAAGAGGAGGUCCAAAGCAUUAAAAGAAUAAGUCACCAUAAUAUAUCAGUACAAAAUGA